AUGGCAACUGCUGAAGAACGAUUCCGAUCUGAACUUGCCAGCUAUCAAGUGAAGUCUUUCGACAUCAGACUCUCUGAUGGACGUGAAGCGGACUCUGACGUUCCUCUGUCGUCUCUUGGUGAUCCACUAGCUAUUGUCUGUCGGUUGCAUAAACUGACUGCGGAAAUGGUAUAUAAGAAUAGAACAGGAGGUCCUUGUGAUCGUGCCGAUGUGCUAAAGUGCAUUGCUAAAUUCGAUGCAUCUGGCGUACUCGACCUUUCGUCAGCUGCAUCAGAAGGCCUCUGGCUUGGUAGAAGACGUCCUCAAAGCUGUUGUAGAUGCGAACCGUUCUAUCUCACUAAUGGUGUUCUGUCUUCUCUGGCAUUGGUAUUGCCCCAUGUAGAAAAAUUCAGCUGCAAAUAUGCAGGGUUUAUUGACAGCCAUCUUACGUCGCUAGAUUUGGGUUCGCUCCCUCUACGUUCGAUUGAUCUCUCUCAUAACGAGUUCAGUUCGGGUUUUGCUCUUUCCCAUUCUCUUCUGGCCAAUUGCUCUCAACUAACAGAACUACGUAUCAGCGAUUUGGAAAUAACAUCCGGUGAAGAAGCACUUGUAUCGGCUGGUUGCCUAAAUCUUCAGCAGUUGGACGUCUCCUUUAAUAGUUUCAUUCAAGGAAGUACUGUAGAAAGUUUGCUGUCAUCAUGCGAGAGUCUUACCAGUCUUCGAAUAGAUGGCUGUGAUCUGAGUGGCGUUUCUUUUGUGUCCACGUGGUUACCCAGCCUUCGUGAAUUGUCGAUGGUCGGCUGCCGUGUGACGGACUUCGAUUCGCUAAUCGAGUGGAUGAGCAUGGGAUGUGUUAAGCAGCUGGACCUUUCCGCCACAGACAUCGCCUUGUGUCACGUACGUACGUUGGUCGAGUCACGUCUGAUGUGCCCUGCCAUAGUAGUUCGACUCGUCAGAUGUCGUGAGGUAGAGCGUGAUCCUCGAGCAUUUGCCGAUAUGGUUCUAGCUUUCGUCACUGAUCACUCCUUUCCACUUCGCUUCGGUUUCUCCGCUCAGUUUGCUUCUUCUAUCCAAGCAAUUACUGCCUUUGCUUCUAAUUUCCUCAUCUAA